AUGUCGAGUCAAACUUUACUUCCCGGAAUAGUUGAAGAGGAUAUGGUGCUCUAUGAUGGCGUCCCCCGAGCCACCGAGCCCGAUAUCCCUGUCUGGAAUGAAGCCGUAGUUACAUCCUACAGAGAAGUUGAAGCGCAUGCUUUAGCCAACCAAGGUACGCAUCCCGGACCGUGGUCGAGCGAUAGAAUCGACUUUAGAGGCCCUCGCGCCCCUGCUCCAUCAGCGCCUCACUCUGCCUCAUCACCGCACACCUCGUCUGAGGUCUCAGCAGUAACCAAAAACAACAAAAUUCCAUGCGACCAAUGUCAUAUAGUGUCCAGAGACAAAACCAAUCACGAAAGACACAAGCGCACCCAUAUCCCUAAAGAAGUACUUAGGCAAUUAGGACAGCUUUGGUUGCUAUCAAUCCCCCUUGCCAACCAAACAACAGAUGUAUGUUGUUACAAUGGGUGCGAGAAAGAUUAUAAGAACGUGUCCGAUGUAGAACGUCACCAAAAGACGUGUAUCCGUAAGCCUAAACUGGACUCUGCUCAAAGUGGUUCAACUUCUACGACACAUAGCCGAAAGCCUUUAAAUAAAAGAAAAGCUGGUUUGGUGCCUGGUAAAAUUGCUUCAACUCACCGAGUCCCUCCCCCUAAGCGUGCACGAAAAGGUCCAAAUAAAAGACAAGCUGAUCCAGUUGCACUUCAAAAUGCUUCAACUUCCAUGAUCCCUCCCCCUAAGCGUGCACGAAAAGGUCCAAAUAAAAUACAAGCUGAUCCAGUUGCACUUCAAAAGGCCUCUAACUAUCUUAUACCAGAUAUUAUCGUCCCUCAAGGAGGCUCUCUGAUCAUCUCCGACGACGUUAUUGAUCCCGCGCUGGCAUAUUAUCUAUGA